AUGUAUAACAAGAAUCGAUGCAUUUUCCAUAUUAGUGUAUUUAUAUCAUUAAUUAUUAGGAUUUUUCACUUUUUGAAGCAAUUUAAUUCAAUUUUUUAGUUCAAAUUAAUAAUGCGAAUAAAAUAAUUAAAUUCAACAUUGAAGCCUUCAUUUAUUUUGUGAAUAAUUGA